AUAGAAGAAUUCAAAACAUAUUACGGUAACAAAAUUUUAAGUGUUAAAAUCAAGAACUGAAAUACAUAGCUUUAAAAAAAUUUCACAGGAAUUAAAACGAAAACCACAAAGAAAUAUUAACAAAUCAGAAAGUGGUUUUAACAGCAAUCCAAACCGACAAAAAGGUCUUUCAAGAUGGAUUUUUACUUCGUUAUUUUCUCCACAAUAUUUGCCCUAUUGAUCAGCUAUCUACGCUACAAAUAUCAAUAUUGGAAGCUACUUGGCGUACCCCAGCUCAAGAUGAAUUAUUUCCUUGGAAACCUCUUCCGCAUAAAAUCCAUACAUAAAACCGAACUUUUAAAUGAAGCGUAUCAGGAGUUUCGUGGUAAAGCAAAAUUAGUCGGUACAUACAUUUUCACGAAACCUAUAGCCAUUGCACUAGACUUAGACUUCGUGAAGUCUGUGCUAAUCAAAGAUUUCAAUAAAUUCAUCGAUCGCUUCGAACAACGUAAGACAGUAGUCAGCGUUGUUCAUCAGCAUCUGUUUCGUCUGGAAGGCGCAAAGUGGCGUCCAUUGCGCUCAAAACUUACACCGACCUUUACAUCGGCGAAAAUGAAGUAUAUGUUUCCCACGCUAUUAAAGGUGGCACAACAAUUGGAAGAAGCUUUCAACAAACAGUUGACUAAGGCAUCGAGUGAUGAAGUAGAACUGCACGAUUUGAUGAGUCGUUAUACAACCGAUGUGAUUGGUCAUUGUGCCUUCGGUGUUGAGUGCAAUAGCUUGAAGGAUCCAAAUGUGGUAUUUCGUCGCAUAGGACAUCGCAUGUUCUAUCCAGAUUUUGUAUCCAUACGUCUACGUACAUUUAUGCUUACAUACCCCGCUAUCUUCAAAUAUCUAAAAUUUUUCGAUAUCAAAGAAGUUCCGUCAGACAUUGAAGAGUUCAUAUUGAAACUGGUACAUGAUACAGUGCGUUUGCGUGAAGAACAACACAUACAGCGUAACGAUUUCAUAGAUUUAUUAAUUGAGAUGAAAAACUCCAAAGAUACGAGAGGCGUACCUUCAAUGGGUAUUGACGAGAUGGCUGCACAAGUGUACAUCUUUUUUCUUGCUGGUUAUGAGACCAGCUCUAGUAACUUGAGUUAUGGGCUAUAUGAGUUGGCGAAGAAUCCCCACGUGCAGGAGAAGGCGAGAGCAGAAAUUUUCAGCGUUUUAAAGAAACAUAAUGGCGAGUUGACAUAUGAGGCUAUGAUGGAGAUGACAUAUUUGGACCAAGUUAUAACAGAGGCUCUACGUAUGUAUCCAGCACUUGGCGCUCUCAAUCGUGUCUCAGUUGACGACUACAAAAUACCCGAUACGGAUAUCACACUUGAAAAGGGCACUCUCAUCUACAUACCCGUGAAAGAGAUACAUUAUGAUCCGGACAUCUAUGACAAUCCAAAGGAAUUCCGUCCGGAACGCUUCCAUCCCGAUGAAGUGCAAAAACGUCACCCUCAGGCUUUUCUCGGUUUCGGUGAUGGACCUCGUAAUUGUAUUGGUCUCCGAUUUGGACGUAUGCAAGUGCGCGUUGGCUUCAUAACUCUGCUCAAAUCUUAUCGCUUCAGCUUCUCAGAGAAAACACCAGCAGAAUUAGAAAUUUCUAAAUUUAGUAGAGUACUUGUACCGCGGAGCAAAAUAUGGCUAAAGGCCGAAAAAUUGGAAAAAUGGUCAAAAACCAACCUCAAAAAGUCAAUAACUCAUAUAGUUCCGGCUCAAAACUUCGCACACAAGAUGGUUCUCUCUUUUGUUAUAUUCUCCACGCUUUGUUUGCUACUGGUCAGCUACCUACGCUACAAGUUCCAGUACUGGGAACAGCGUGGAGUGCCACAGGCAAAUACUAACUAUCUUGGAAACUUCUUCCUCAUAAAAUCUAUGCAUAAAAUGGAACUACUACGCGAAUACUAUAAAACAUCCUACGGUACCUACGUUUUCACCAAACCCAUACUCAUUGUAUUUGACUUGGACUUGGCAAAGACCAUGCUAAUCAAAGAUUUUAACAAACUUAUGGAUCGCUUUCAACGACGCGAGAACAAUACGCACAAGUUCGACAUUCUCAAUGAGACGCUUUUUCGUGUGGGCGGUGACAGGUGGGGUCAAUUGCGCAAGAAACUUACACCGAUAUUCACAACGGCGAAAAUGAAGUUUAUGUUUCCCACGCUGUUGACGGUGGCGCAUCAAUUGGAAGAGGCUUUCAGCGCGCACUUAGCUAAGACGCCAAGCGGUGAUGUAGAAUUAUACGAUUGGAUGGCACGCUUUACCACCGAUGUGAUUGCUCACUGCGCCUUCGGUGUUGAAUGCAAUAGCUUAAAGGACCCUACUGUGAUAUUUCGUCGCAUGGGACAUCGUAUUUUCCAUCCAAAGUUUAUAUCCAUACGUCUACGUACAUUUAUGCUUACAUAUCCUGCUAUUUUUAAACUUUUGAAAUUUUUCAACAUCAAAGAACAUUCAAAAGACGUAGAAGACUUUGUGGUGCAGAUUGUACGUGAUACAUUGCGUUUGCGCGAAGAACAAAACAUACAACGUAAUGACUUAAUUGAUUUGUUGAUUGAGUUGAAAAACUCACAAGAUAAGGAAGGCGUGCCUCCAAUGGGUGUUGAAGAGAUGGCUGCACAGGUAUUUGUUUUUUUCACUGGCGGCUUUGAGACCAGCUCUGCUGGCUUGAGCUGUGGGCUAUAUGAAAUGGCGAAGACUCCCCACGUACAGGAGAAGGCGAGAGCGGAAAUUAAAAGCGUUCUUGAAAAACAUAAUGGCGAAUUGACAUAUGAGGCUCUGAUGGAGAUGACAUAUUUGGAUCAAAUUAUAACAGAAACAGUUCGCAAAUAUCCACCGCUCUCUGCUAUUACUCGUAUCUCGACUGAUGAAUACAAGUUGCCCGGCACAAACAUUACCCUCGAGAAGGGCACACAUAUUUAUAUACCCAUGAAAGAGAUCCAUUACGAUCCGGAUAUCUAUGAAAAUCCUCAAGAGUUUCGCCCGGAGCGCUUCCACCCAGAUGAAGAGCAAAAGCGUCACUCUCAAGCCUUUCUCGGUUUCGGUUUUGGACCACGUAAUUGUAUUGGUAUCCGCUUUGCUCGCAUGCAAGUGCGCGUUGGGUUUGUAACUUUGCUAAAAUCUUAUCGCUUCAGCGUAUCGGAGAAGACACCAGCACUUAUAGAGUCUGCUAAAUUAAAUUCAGUAGUUGUGCCUGGUUCCAAAAUUUGGCUUAAGGCAGAAAAAUUGUGAAGAUAAAACUUAUAUUACUACAUUAUUCUAAGGACGCUGAAAGAUAAUCUGAAUUUUAGAAUUUUUAAUAAAUAGUACUUAUUAAAUUUUAGGUCGAGCAGAUGGAUUGAUAUGU